GUGGCCUGGCUGCUGCUGCUGGUGCUCGCCGCGCCCGCCGGCGCCGGGCCGUGGGACCUGCUCCCACUGCAGCCCAGCAUGCCCCAUGUGUGUGCGGAGCAGGAGCUGACACUGGUGGGCCGCCGCCAGCCCUGCAUGCGGGCCUUCAGCCGCGUGGUGCCGGUGUGGAAGCCAGACUGCGGGCGGCGGGCGUGGUGCCUUGGCCACGAGCGCAGAACCGUCUAUUACACGGGCUUCCGGCAGGUGUACGCCGCAGAGGCCCACACCGUGCUCAGGUGCUGCCUGGGAUGGAGCCGGCUGCCGGGCCAGGAGGGCUGCCUGUCCGAUGGAGUGGGUUUGCACUGCCACUGCCCCCCGGGUUGCUGGCUUCAGGGCGACAACAAAACCUGCCAAGAUGUGGACGAGUGCCGUGUGCACAACGGCGGCUGCCAGCACCGGUGUGUGAACACGCCCGGCUCCUACUUCUGCAUGUGCAAGCCUGGCUUCCGGCUCCACUCAGACGGCCGGACCUGCCUGGCCGUCAACUCCUGCGCCCUGGGCAAUGGUGGCUGCCAGCACCAGUGUGUGCAGCUCACAACCACGCGGCACCGCUGCCAGUGCCACCCCGGGUUCCAGCUCCAGGAGGACGGCAGGCGCUGUGUCCGGAGAAGCCCCUGUGCAGAGGGGAACGGCGGCUGCAUGCACACGUGCCAGGAGCUCCAGGGCCUGGCCCAGUGCGGGUGUCACACGGGCUUCCGCUUGGCUGCAGACCGCAAGGCCUGUGAAGAUGUGGACGAGUGUGCUGCAGGCCUGGCCCAGUGUGCCCAUGGCUGCCUCAACACACAGGGCUCCUUCAAGUGUGUGUGCCACGCGGGCUACGAGCUGGGUGCUGAUGGCCGGCAGUGCUACCGCAUCGAGAUGGAGAUCGUGAACAGCUGCGAAGUGGACAAUGGCGGCUGCUCCCACGGCUGCAGGCACAGCAGCGGGGGGCCCACGUGCACCUGCCCCCACGGCUAUGAGCUGGACCAGGACCAGAGGACCUGCGUCGACGUGGACGACUGUGCCCAGGCCCCGUGCUGCCAGCAGGUAUGCUCCAACACCCCCGGCGGGUACGAGUGUGGCUGCUACGCUGGCUACCAGCUCAGCCCUGAUGGCUGCGGCUGUGAAGACGUGGACGAGUGCGCCUCCAGCCGCGGCGGCUGUGAGCAUCACUGCACCAACCUUGCCGGCUCCUUCCAGUGCUCCUGCGAGGCUGGCUUCCGGCUGGAUGAGGACCGCAGGGGCUGCACCCCUCUGGAGGCGCCUGUGGAGGACCUGGACAGACAGCCGCCCUUCGAGCGACCCCUGCCCCAUAUCGCGGUGCUGCGGGAAGAGCUGCUGCGGCUCUUCCAGGAUGACUCUGGGGCCGAGGAGGAGGAGGCAGAGUUGCGAGGAGAACUCACGCUCACGGAGAAGUUCGUCUGCCUGGAUGACUCCUUCGGCCCUGACUGCAGCUUGACCUGUGAGGACUGCAGGAAUGGUGGGACCUGCCUGCCAGGCCUGGAAGGCUGUGACUGCCCUGAAGGCUGGACUGGGCUCAUUUGCAAUGAGACUUGUCCUCCAGAUGCCUUCGGGAAGAACUGUAGCUCCCCCUGCAGCUGCCAGAAUGGCGGAACCUGUGACCCGGUGACCGGGGCCUGCCGCUGUCCCCCGGGCGUCAGCGGAGCCCACUGUGAGGAUGGUUGCCCCAAGGGCUUCUAUGGCAAACACUGUCGCAAGAAGUGCCACUGUGCCAACCGGGGCCGCUGUCACCGCCUCUAUGGGGCGUGCCUCUGCGACCCAGGGCUCUACGGCCGCUUCUGCCACCUCGCCUGCCCGCCCUGGGCCUUCGGCCCGGGCUGCUCCGAGGAAUGCCGCUGCGAGCAGCCCCACACCCAGGCCUGUGACCGGAGGGACGGCAGCUGCCUGUGCAAGUCCGGCUUUCGGGGCGAGCGGUGCCAGGCAGAGUGCGAGCCGGGCUUCUUUGGGCCCAGGUGCCAGCGAGUGUGCGCCUGCCCGCCGGGCGUGGCCUGCGACCCUGUGAGUGGCGAGUGUUGGCAGCAGUGUCCCCCUGGCUACCAGGGACAGGACUGUGACCAAGAGUGCCCAGCGGGGACAUUCGGUGUGAACUGCUCGGGGUCCUGCUCCUGUGGGGGGGCCCCCUGCCACUGGAUCACGGGGCAGUGCCUGUGCCCACCAGGGAAGACCGGGGAGGACUGCGGGGCAGACUGUCCCGAGGGCCACUGGGGGCUGGGCUGCCAGGAGAUCUGCCCUGCGUGUGAACACGGCGGCCGCUGCGAGCCCAAGACCGGAACCUGCCUGUGCCUCCCUGGCUUCGUCGGCAGCCGCUGCCAGGACACUUGCCCGGCAGGCUGGUUUGGGCCUGGCUGCCAAAUGAGGUGCUCUUGUGCCAAUGACGGGCACUGCCACCCAGCCACUGGACGCUGCAGCUGUGCCUCAGGGUGGACUGGCCUCAGCUGCCAGAGAGCCUGUGACAGCGGGUACUGGGGGCCUGACUGCAGCCACCCCUGCAACUGCAGCGCAGGCCACGGGAGCUGUGACACCGUCAGUGGGUUGUGCCUGUGCGAGGCUGGCUACACGGGCCCUCAGUGCGAGCAGGAGUGUCCCCAGGGCUACUUCGGGCCCAGCUGUGGGCGGCGGUGCCAGUGUGAGCACGGGGCAGCCUGUGACCACAUCAGCGGGGCCUGCACCUGCCCACCCGGCUGGAGGGGCAGCUUCUGCGAGCGCACCUGCCCGGCCGGCUUCUUCGGCGUGGACUGCCGCGGCACCUGUGACUGCUCCCCCGGGGCCACCUGCGAUGCUGUGAACGGCACCUGCAUCUGCCCGGCUGGCCGCUGGGGCCCCCGCUGUGCCCAGACCUGCCCAACCCUCACCUACGGCCUCAACUGCAGCCAGGCCUGCACCUGCUCCAACGGGGCCUCCUGCGACCCUAUCCACGGGCAGUGCCACUGUGCACCCGGCUGGAUGGGGCCCGCCUGUCUGCAGGCCUGCCCCGCCGGCCAGUACGGCCAGAACUGUCAACACUUGUGCUUGUGCCGGAAUGGAGGGAGCUGUGACCCUGUCACUGGCCGCUGCGCGUGCCCAGAGGGGUGGACCGGACUGACCUGUGAGGAUGAGUGCCACGCAGGACACUAUGGGGCUGGCUGCCGGCUCAGCUGCAGGUGCCUCCACGGGGCCCUCUGUGACCAGCACACUGGCCACUGCCUGUGCCCGGCCGGCUGGACCGGGGACAGGUGCCAGAGCCCCUGUGCCGAGGGCACAUUUGGGGCUCACUGUGAGGAACACUGCGUCUGCCGGCGGGGAGCCACGUGCCACCACGUCACGGGGGCCUGCCUCUGCCCCCCCGGGUGGAGGGGCUCACGGUGCGAGCAUGUCUGCCAGCGUGGCUGGUUUGGAGAUGCCUGUGCCCAGCACUGCCGCUGCCCGCCGGGAGCCUCGUGUCACCACGUCACCGGGGAGUGCCGCUGUCCACGCGGCCUCACCGGGCCUGGCUGUGAGCAGGCCUGCCCUCCCGGCACCUUUGGAGAGGGCUGUGGGCAGCUAUGCCGGUGUCCAGGCCAGAACUGGGUCUGCCACCCGGCUACGGGAGCCUGCGCAUGUGCCCCUGGCUACCAAGGCCCCGGCUGCCAGCAGCGAUGUCCACCCGGGCGCUACGGGCCGGGCUGUGAGCAGCCAUGCAGAUGCCUCAACGGGGGCUCCUGCGACGGGGCCACAGGGGCCUGCCGCUGUCCUGUCGGCUUCCUUGGGGCAGACUGCAGCCUGCCCUGUCCUCAGGGGCGCUUCGGCCCCGACUGUGCCCACGUGUGCAGAUGUGGACAGGGGGCAACCUGUGACCCUGUGACUGGCACUUGUGCCUGCCCUCCUGGGAAGACGGGUAUCCACUGUGAGCGCGGCUGCACCCCGGGCCGGUUUGGGGAGGGCUGUGAGCACCAGUGUGCCUGCAGGAACGGAGGGCUGUGCCACACCGCCACCGGCAGCUGCUCCUGCAGCCUGGGCUGGACAGGGCCGCACUGCGAGCGGGCCUGUCCCCAGGGGCGCUAUGGGGCUGCCUGCCAGCUGGAGUGCCUCUGCCACAACAAUGGCACCUGCGAGCCCGCCUCGGGCGCCUGCCGCUGCGGCCCCGGCUUCUACGGCCCAGCCUGCGAGCACCCCUGUCCCCCUGGCUUCCAUGGCCUGGGCUGCGAGCGGGCCUGUGAGUGCCAGCACGGCGUCCCCUGCAACCCCGUCAGUGGCCGGUGCCUGUGUCCCGCCGGCCUCCAGGGCCAGCUGUGCGAGGAGGGGUGCGAGCCCGGCUCCUUUGGAGAGGGCUGCCGUCAGCGCUGCAACUGCGGCGAAGGAGUGUCCUGCGACCCCACCAGCGGCCUCUGCCUCUGCCCGCCGGGGCGCGUGGGAGCCACGUGUGACCAGACGUGCAGAGAGAACCACUUCGGGCCCGCCUGUGCCCUGCGCUGUGACUGUGGGGGUGGAGCCGACUGCGACCCUGUCAGUGGGCAGUGCCACUGUGUGGACGGCUACAUGGGGCCCACAUGCCGGGAAGGUGGGCCCCUCCAGGUCCUCGAGAGCUUGUCCCCAGCUCAGGGCACAGGGACACAGCCGGCAUCCAACACCACAUCGCCCUGGCUCAGCAGCAGUGCCACCAAGCGCUAGCUCAGGAGCCCCCUGGCACGGAUGCACUGCCACCAGGUGCCACUGAGGGACCCAGGCCUGUGGUGACAGCCAAGGACUCCCAUGAACCGGGACUCCUGGCCCGGCCCUCUCUGGAGGGAUGUGGACAGCCACGGGCCCCUAUGGACAGCUGCAUGGCCUCUCGGGCUGCUGGGGCCCUGUUGUCGGCAGGAACCUGGGCAGUGGCCUGGGUGCCAUCAUGCUAUGCUGAGGAAGCUUCGUUCUGCCUGGUGCUGGACCGGAACCCUGGGAGGGGUGGGCUGGAGUGGGACCGGCCCUCCUGGUGCUAAGCCUGGACUGCUGCAGCGGGCCACCCGUCCAGCUGGAAGUGAACCCGGCUGUAUUUAUAGAAACAUAUUUAUGGGCAGUGCUGCUGCAGCCCAGGUUGGGUGGACACAGCCCUUCCGAAGAAGCUGGACUCGGGUCGGCCAGGCCCAGGGGUCUCCGCGGGGGGCUCAGGGUCGGCGUGAUGCGUGAGUUAAAGGAGCAGGUAGCUUCCUC